GUGGCUAUAAGUGGGUGCGAUGGUUGGCUACGGUUUUUGGUGGCGUUUGAAAUGCCGGUUGUUGGGAUGCCUGCAUUUCGAACGGGGAUGGUUGGCCAGUUCGUCCUCGCCGAGUCGACUCACGGAUGGUGGAAGGACAAGGCGUCGGGGGCUAGUGCAGUCGGUUUUAGGUUGGCUCUAAGUGGGUGGGACGGUUGGCUACGGUUUUCUUCGGUCUUGCACGGCACUCAUCGACGCGACUGUCAUGGGCACCAGGCAUUCGCCGGUGGGCUGACUGCUGAGUUAAAAACUUGGCCUUUGGUCUGUUGGUGGGUUGUGCGGUGUGUAUGAAGUUUGCGAUGCGUAAUUGUGUGUGAGAUGUAUUUGGUUUUCAUGGUCAGGUUUGAUCCUUGCUGUAGCAGCGAAAACUUGCCGUGAAAGCCUUUUCAAUUUGGUGGGUUCCGCCUUUGUCUGAAAUGGUUUCCUUUGUUCUGUACCCUUUCGGUGGCAUCCUUACGUUCCAACUGCUGAGUUCUGUCGUGUGCCUGCUCGUGUGGGAACCAAAGGGUUGGCAUACGAUUGACGCCAUGGCACCGCUUGUG